CGCACUGCGAGUCAGCUGGCUGUCCCGUGAUGCGGGGCGGUGCCAAAAGGAAUAGAAGGAAGGUAGCAGGAGGGAAGCAAACGGCGGGAUCAGCGGCGGUGGUAGCAGCAGCAUGGCCGCGCUCUACGGGGGUGUAGAGGGGGGAGGCACACGGUCCAAGGUCCUUUUACUCUCUGAGGAUGGACAAAUCCUGGCAGAAGCGGAUGGACUCCACACAAACCACUGGCUGAUCGGGACAGACAAGUGUGUGGAGAGGAUCAACGAGAUGGUGAACAGGGCCAAGCGAAAAGCAGGAGUGGAUCCUCUGGUACCUCUACGCAGCUUGGGCCUAUCCCUGAGCGGUGGGGAGCAGGAGGACGCGGUGAGGAUUCUGAUGGAGGAGCUGAGGGACCGAUUUCCUUACCUGAGUGAAAGCUACUUAAUCACCACUGACGCGGCUGGCUCCAUCGCCACAGCUACACCGGAUGGUGGGCUCGUGCUCAUUGCUGGGACUGGCUCCAACUGCAGGCUCAUCAACCCCGAUGGCUCUGAGAGCGGCUGUGGUGGCUGGGGCCACAUGAUGGGGGACGAGGGCUCAGCCUAUUGGAUUGCACACCAAGCAGUGAAAAUAGUGUUUGACUCCAUUGACAAUCUGGAGGCGGCACCACAUGACAUUGGCUAUGUCAAACAGGCCAUGUUCAACUAUUUCCAGGUGCCAGAUCGGCUAGGAAUCCUCAGCCAUCUGUAUCGGGACUUUGAUAAAUGCAGGUUUGCUGGAUUUUGCCGGAAAAUUGCAGAAGGUGCUCAGCAGGGAGACCCCCUCUCCCGGUACGUCUUCAGGAAAGCUGGGGAGAUGCUGGGCAGACAUGUCGUAGCUGUGUUGCCUGAGAUUGACCCGGUCUUGUUCCAAGGGGAGAUUGGCCUCCCCAUCCUGUGUGUGGGCUCUGUGUGGAAAAGCUGGGAGCUGCUGAAGGAAGGUUUCCUUUUGGCGCUGACCCAGGGCAGAGAGAUCCAGGCUCAGAACUGUUUCUCCAGCUUCACCCUAAUGAAGCUGAGGCAUUCCUCGGCCCUGGGUGGGGCCAGCCUUGGGGCCAGGCACAUUGGUCACCUCCUUCCCAUGGACUACAACGUCAAUGCCAUUGCCUUCUAUUCCUACACCUUCUCCUAGGGGACUGACCCCGGCUCCACACCCUCCAAGCCCAGUGGACAUUGGGUACUAGAAGGGGAGGCAGCUUUUUCUUCCUUUUUUCUUUUUUUAAAAAAACACAUAAAGAAGAAAAUAAACGCACUUUACCCACUCCCCA